UUAUCUUAAUCCGUUUUUCAUAGUUAACGAUCUUCGUUUGUUUUGAAUUCUCGACCGUUCGGAAUUCAAAUAUCUUUCCAGACGUCCCCCAUAUAGUUCUUAAUUCUUAAGUCAGUUUAGUUGUUACUAUUUAAUGUUUAUAUUGUGCUCAAUGUUAAUGGUAAACAGUGUUUUGUCAUUUGUCAAGUGACAAGUAUAGACGACUUUACUGCACGUUUUACAUACUUAUUAAUUAGAAUGUAGAUGAGUUUAUAAUCAUGUCCAAAUCAGGCAUAGAACCUAAAGCUUCGUCUACUGCUGUCAAAUCUCAAGAUCAACGGUCUCUAAGAAAUUACCUUAGAAAUACUAGAAGUGAUGAAACAUUUGGUUCAGCGUUUUCUGAUGAAUUGACUGAUAGUAAUUUAGGAACAAAAACCUUAUCAGAAAUGUCAAGUAAUAAAAAAAAUGCACAGAUGGAAAGUAUGUAUUCAUCAUUUGGUGGACAAUCUUCUUUGGGAAUUCUUGAAUUAGAUAAUAUGUCUGAUAUUGGUCAUUCAUACAAAAGAGAAUCAUUUCAAUAUAAUAUUCAUAAUAAUCAAACUGCUCUGCAACGUCGUUUAAGUCAAGCUACUCAAGCUAGAAACACUCUUGCUAGAGCAAGUUCCAUAAGAAAUAUUAUUAAUAAAAAUGAAGUCAGUGAGCAGAAUGCCAGGACAUCUUUAACAAAUGUAACCAAUGCAUUCAAUGAUAUGUUGAGAGGAGAUUUUAUUAAUUCCAAUAGUUCAUUUUCUAGUGAUGAUUUUAUAUGUGGUAGUGACUUUAAAGAAAAAUUAGCUGAAACUGAAGAAAUUAAUCGUAGAGAAUUUGGAUCAUUAUCUGAAAGUCGUUUUGAUUUUUCUUUGGAAGGAGAAAAGCAGUCAAAUGAAAAUGCAUCGUUUGCAGCUAAUUACUUUGCUGCUAAAAGUAUACCUGUUGAAGACUUAUCUGCAAUUUUUCCUAAACAAAAAAACUGCAAUGAAACAUUUAAAAAAGAGUUAAAAGGAAAUCAUUGUUCGUUUUUAGUUCCUAGUAAUGUCAAAAAUAACCCAGAAGAUCAACAAGCAAACAUAGGCUACAAAACAAUGUCCUCAAUUACUUCUUGGACUGACAGUCAUGUAUCCAAUAAUUUGUUAAAUUUAACAAGUUUGUCUGAUAUUUCUGAAGUAUUAACAUCUAAAACAAAUUCAGCUAAUCCAAAAGAAUUAACUGAAGCAUUGCUAUCAGGAGAUUUGUCUGAUGAUAGACAGUUGAAUGAAUCUUAUAAGUUUCCUCAAAGACGAUUAUCUACUUCCACUAGAUUUUCUUAUGCUUCGCAAAAUCUUGAGCAUGCAGAACUAUGUUUUCAAUCUUUAGACAAUUUAAGUUUUAUUUCUCCUCAAAAAAAUAUUACUAAUACCCAUGAAACAACUAUAGAAUUGAAUAAAAGUAUUAAUUCGGAAACAAAUUUUGAAGAUAAUAACGGAAAAAAUGAAGUAUGCAUUAAUACUUCAAAUCAGUAUACAUCAAACAAGUUUAAUUUAUCCAAUAAUCUUAACAAGAAACAGACAAAGACACAAAUAAAUAAUAGCUGUAAAUUUUUUUUAACAUCUAAAAGUGGAUAUUUUGAAGAUUGCACUUUGGGAACAUCAGAAAUAUCUGAAAACAAUAUUGAUCUUUCAAAUUUUUCUAUUUUAACUAAUAAUCAUGAAGUUCUGACUGAUAUGUCUUUUAAUAAAUCUACUAAUAUUUCUAAAGUUGUCUUUUGCAAUGAAGCUAUACAUCAAGAUAAAUUGAAUCAGUCAAAUGUUCAAGAUUACAGGAAAAUUAGUAAAAUACUUGAAAUUGGUGAUGUAUGUAUUGGAACUUAUUCUCAAGCUGUAAUUACAUUGGAAAAUCGAUUAACCAUUGAUGCGAAAUAUACUUUACAUUUAUUGGACAUGUCACUUAACCAUAUUAAUAAUUCUAAAUUUGUUGAUAAUAAACCGAUUGGAUCAAAUGUGGCAACUGUAUUUUGUUCAGAUAAAACUUGCAUUAUACCUCCAUUGUCUGAAGCUUCAUUUACUAUUGGGAUAAUUCCUUUAAUUUCUGGAAGUAUAAAUAUUUAUAUACAACUUAAAAGUAAUGAUGUAACUCAAGAAAUUUAUCGUAAUAUUCAAAUUAAUUCUAUUGAACCACAGGUUGCAUGGAUAAAUAACAGUUUUGGAUCUAUGGACUUUGGCUUAUUACCAGAGUUGUCUCAAAAGUCUUUACCAAUCAAAUUAUUAAAUAAGGGAACAUACCAAGUUCCUAUUAAAUUAAUUUUAAGCCAGGAUAACUGUGAUGUUAUUCAGGCCAAAGCCAUUCUAAAUCCAUCUGAAUUAUGGCAGUGUUAUGUGAACAUUCUCACAGCAGAUUUUUCAAAAUCUAAUUGCAAACUAACUGGUCGUCUUCAAGUAGUUUUAGAUUCUGUUGAAGAAUUGUCUACUAAUUAUUCGCCAUUAUUAUUCUGUUCCAAUUUAACAGGAUGUGUUUGUCUUACAUCUAUCUCUUUUGAUCAAAAUCCUUUAUUAUUGCAAAAAACUGGGCAGUUUUUGUUGAAUGGCACUAUAGAAAUAACCAACAAUAGUGAAAUUCCAAUUAGUUUGGUUGUACAGCAAAAUAAUAAACAAUGUGCAGAAUUUACAAUUCAGCCUGAUGAAUUCAAAUUAGCAGUUAAUGAAAAAGUAAAAUUGAAAGUAGUAUUUUUCCCAUCCAAGACAAUUAAUUCUUUCAAUGAAACAAGUAUUUGUUUACAAGUUGUGUCUUCACAGAAACAAUUUUUUUUUAAAGUCAAUUAUAUUGAAUCCAAUUUUGAGUUUCAACAAAUAGCUUCACCAUCUUCAAGACCUAUAUCUCCUUGGAGUACAAGUUCAUCCAGUGCAGUUGGAAGGUUGGAAUUGGAAUCUACAUGUUCAAGUUUAAUAUGGGGAAGUGUACCUUCAAAUACUAAAUCAGUGCAAAUAUUUACCUUACGUAACCGUGGUUCACAUAAAGAAAAAUUGCAUUUAAGAAUAAAAGAUAAUAAAAAUUGUUUUAAACUGAUAUCCUCUGGUGAAAAUCAAGUGUCAGAAAUGAAAUUGUUAUUAGAACCAAUGGAAAGUCAAAAACUCAGUGUUGCACUUAUAUCCACAUCAAAUGAAGGCCAGGCUUACGGUCAAUUAAUUUUACAAAGACAACAUAGCGAUGAGAAACGUGUGAUUUCAUUAUAUGGCUAUUGUGGUCAUUCAGUUAUUGUAAUUCGUGGUCCAUUUGAGGACAACUUUGGUAACAUGUGGCUAUAUCCAAAUCCACAACUUAUGACAUCUCAAUUGUCUAUAACAAACUCUGGAAAUACUGCUGCAUUUGUAAAAAUUAUUCAAGAAAAUGCAUCAGAAGAUAUAAUUCACCCUCACGAGUUUAUAUUAAAAAAAGGAGAAACUACUAAUGUUGAAAUAACAAUAAUUAUGAGUCCUGAACGGUUAGAAAUGUUAAUUGGACAAAAUUGUAGCUCAAAAGUCAUUAAUAUAAAUAAAAUAACAGUGAUUUAUGGUGAUGAAGCAUCGAGAAUGCGUGUAUCAAGAAUCUGGAAAAAAAAUAAUGAUAAAAAAAAAACUGUAUACCUAAACCAACAACGUUUAGAUGAAAUAUCAAACAUGUUCAAUGAUGUUAAUCUUGUUGAUGUGGGUCAUCUUGUAGACACCGAGAAAUCAUUAUCUAAAAUAUGGAAAACGGGCAUAAGUGAAGAUAAUAUUGUUGUUUUGAUGGAAACAAGUAAUUUAGAGUCAUUAUUAUGUGACACAACAACAGUUUUUAGUGAACUAGAGACAACUGUAAUCAGCAGACUACCUUAGCAACUGGCGAUUUUCUCAUAAAA